AGUCUGCAUUUAGAAUCGAAACGAUAAACACCUACAAUUUAGUACAGUCUCGUGUAGUUCCGUGGGUUUAUGGUAGAUGUUGUUUUGGAUAUAUAUAUAUAUAUAUACAUACUCUAAUAUACAACAUCAUUAUUCGUAUUAUUUUUGAUUGAAACCACAUCACACACAUCUCUCGUUAUUAUAGCUACAUGUAUAAAAGAGAAUAUCAUUGUGGAUUAAAUUACAAUUGGAUUAAAUUACACCCUAAUCAAGCAUAAACGAAGCGCAGCAUUAAAUGUGUUUUAAGAAUAAAAAAAAAGUAGCAAAGAAAAUAUGAUAAAAUUAAAGUGAAAAAAUUGAUAAAAUUAAUUUUUUUGAAGUUUGAAGAACUUAAUGGAAAAGUUGUUGUGUUUUGAUAUCACAUGUUGCCCGGUGGAAUAAAACAAAAUUGUUGAGACGAAGAUAAAUUUCUUAAUGCAUGUUUCUGAGGCAUCAAAAAUGUUUGUUUAAAAAAAACCCAAAAUUUAUUUUUUUUUCUGGUGUUUAAAAAAGAAGAAGGAGGAAAUUUGUGGUCAUUUAGAUAUACAAUCAUAAAUUAAUGUGUAUGGAUCAACAAAAGAAGUGAAAAGAAGUUCAUUUUUCAAAAGAAUAAAAAAAAAUUAUCAAAGUGAGAAUAUAAAGCCUCAAGAUAACAUAAAAUUAAUGAAGAGAAAUAGCAGGAAGAAGUUAAAGUUAAUGAUUUUUAGAUAUAUGCGUAUAUAUCCCGCAUAAAUGUCAAAUAACAUAAUAGAAGGACUCAGUGCAAUUAAAAUAAAUUGAGUUUUAACAGCCACUCACAUACCGAAGACCGCAAAUACAUAAAUCUAGUGAUAUACAAUCUAUAUUGUCCCCGGACGAAGGGAAACUUAAAAAAAGGGAGAAAAUCACAGAGGCAAAAAAUUGCUAAUAAAAAAAAGUGGGGGUCAGUAAUCACACUCAUCAGUACGGUUCGUGUCUGUGUGUGUAUUAACUGUGGAAGCUUAAUUCAGAAUUAAAUUUUUUCAAACAGUAAGGAUAAAAAAAAGGAAGCAAAAAUGGGCAAAUUAAGCCAGCAAGGAAGUAGUAAUAAUGAUAAGAGUAAAGGAAUACCUCAAUCGAUUGAUCAACCAACACAAACCUACAUGUCAACAACGACGACGACUACAAAAUACCAAAAUGAUGACCAAAAGAUGCCAUCAGCAAAUAAAAUGUGUAUAAAGUUUUUCAUAAAUCUCCUAAUUUAUGUCAUUUGUAUACUAUCACUAAGCAUAUCACUUUAUUUAAGUUAUCGUCAUCAAGAGCUAGAGCAUAAUGUAAAAAAUUUAAUAUAUCUAGAGAAUAAAGUGAUGCGAAUUGAAAGUGAUUUGGAUGAGUUGAUACAAAAGACAAAUCGUCUAUAUUCAACGACAUCCUCAUCGACAAUUAAUCAAAAUAUAGUAGAUGACGAUGAAUCGACUAUGCGACGUGAUUCGAUUAUCAUCGGAGAUAAUGUUGAAUUAGACGCAUCGAGUAAUGAAGAUUCGAUUAUUGUGAAUAAAUUGCCUGUACACGUAUUCAGUGAAAUUACACGCCUCAAACGCGAUGUAUCGAACUUGAAAAUGGCGCGACGUCAGCGACAGACGGCAGUACAACAGUCGCCGAAUGAAAAUUGUUUAUGUCCGCCAGGUCCUCCGGGUCUUCCGGGGAAACGAGGAAAGAGAGGGAAGAAAGGAGAUUCAGGUGACUCAGGCACACCCGGACCAAAAGGUCAGCAAGGAAAUCCAGGUCAUCAAGGUCCGAUUGGGUUAGAUGGACCAAAAGGAGAGCCGGGUAGACAAGGUGAUAAGGGUCAAAAAGGUGAUGGGUCAUCAAGUGCUGGUGUUGAUGUCUUUUCAACAGUGAAGCAGGGAUUAAAAAGAUCAGUGACAACACUAAGAGGCGGCUCAUUAGGUUAUGCAGAGAUAGUUGCAGUAAAGGGAGAGCCAGGAGAGCCUGGACCACCUGGACCAAUUGGACCUGCAGGAAUUCCUGGCCAUGAUGGUAGACCUGGAGUACAAGGUGAACAAGGAACGAAAGGAGAAGGAGGACCACCGGGACCUCCUGGAGAACCUGGUGAGGCUGGAGAAAAAGGGCCUAAAGGUGAUACAGGCGAAAAAGGUGAUAAGGGAGAUAGAGGAUAUACACAAACAAUCAGUAACGAUGGACAAUUUCCCACGGGUAUAAUCGAAGGUCCUCCUGGACCGCCAGGUCCCCCAGGACCCCCAGGACCAAAAGGAGAUGCCGGUCCACAAGGCGAGAAAGGUCCGAGAGGCAAACGUGGCAAAAAGAUUCCUGGAAAAGAUGAAGAGUACGAUGAUACAAUUGUGUUACGUGGCCCACCUGGCGAACCUGGUACCCCUGGAAAAGAUGGUAAAGAUGGAAAAGAUGCUCUUCCGGGUGUUAAAGGUGAUAAAGGUGAUAUUGGUGCUCCAGGAUCAUUAGGACCUAGGGGAUUAGAUGGAAUGCCAGGGGAACCAGGCAUAGAAGGUCCACCAGGUCAUCCAGGUAUGCAAGGCCCACCUGGCGAGAAAGGAGAAAGUGGCGAUAUUGGACCUCCUGGUUUAAUGGGACCGCCAGGAUUGCCAGGCCCACCAGGAUAUCCAGGAUCGAAAGGUGAUAAAGGCGAUAGAGGUGAUGCUAAGUACCGUAAAAUGAGAAGAAGACAAGACGAACAUGGAAUGUCAGAUGCACCAUACAUCAUUCCUGAUAUCCCAAUGGGUCCGCCAGGUCCACCAGGACCGCCGGGAACACAUGGACUACCAGGUCUUCAAGGUCCAAAAGGAAAUGAUGGAAAGAAAGGAGAUCGAGGAGUUAAAGGAGAUCAAGGACCAAUGGGUCUUCCGGGUCCGAUGGGAUUUAGAGGAGAGCCUGGUCCACAAGGGCCAAUUGGAAAGACCGGAUUCUUUGGUCCAGCUGGUUUGGACGGAAUGAAAGGGGCACAAGGAGAGACUGGAAUGAAAGGCGAACGAGGCGAUCCCGGCUUACCGGGAACUGAUGGCAUUCCCGGACAAGAAGGUCCACGUGGUGAAAAGGGUAGUAAAGGAGAAGCAGGACCAGCUGGAAAACGUGGACGUAAAGGAGAUCGAGGAGAGAAAGGCGAUCAAGGAGUUCCGGGAUUGGAUGCACCAUGCCCAUUGGGUUCUGAUGGUUUACCACUUCCAGGCUGCGGUUGGCGACCACCAAAAGUUAGUCAAAUAAAACUUUAUCAAAAUUCAUAAAAACCGCAUGCGAGCAUGAAAAAUGAGUCAAUAAUUUAUUUCAUAAAAAAAAAUUGCUGUAAAAAUUUAUUUUCCUCAUUUUAUUCAAUUUAUCUCUCUCACAACCAUCCACACAUCCAGUCAAGCAUGACUUACAAAAAUCAGAGAGAGAAAAACAUAUUAUGAAAGUUAAAAAUAAUCUUUCUAAUAUUUAAUUAAUGAUGUUCAAUAAAAACAAUCCAUAACAAACCCUUUGACAGGAACCAAUAAUACAUACUCCACAACAUAAAGACUAUUUACCGGAUAAGACAGUACCAGCGGAGAAUGAAAGUGAUUAUCACGAGGAAGAUGAAGCACCCGGCGGUCCAGAAGAUUACGAGGCAGAUUAUGAGGAAAAUGGAAUGCAAGACAGGAAGAAGAAGAAAUAAUAAUUUUAAAAGUUUUUUUUUACACGAAUGAAGUACAAUUUUUUCAUAUUUUGUAGCUUGACUUUUUACGAACUUCUCUCGUUUUGUUUUGGCCAAAAAAGGAUGAAAUUUCUCUAUAUAGCCACAAAGAUGGAAAAAAAAUUGAAUUUAUUACUAUAUAGACUUACUUUUGUAUUUCUCUCGGAUUUAUCUUCAAAGUUUUUUGACAUUUGCUGCAUUUUUUAAUGAACUGACUUUACGCUGCUUACAGAUUCAUGAGAUUUUUGAAAUUCACAGUGCCAGAUUAAUAGUAAAUUAGUCAUUUCCUUAAAACAUACGCCAAAAGUCAAUAAAACUAGAUUUAUUGCUCACAAAAUUUCAACUUACUUUUAUAGUUCCUAAAUAUCAUAAUGAAGUCUAUAAGUAAGAAAAUCAGCAGUCAUGAGACAGAUUUUUAAACCAAUAGUUUGUUAGACACUCAUAAAAAAUGGAAUUUCCUACCUUCCUGUCAUUCUACGCAUUCUUUCUCAAUCUCGCUCGCUUGCUCUUUUUCUCUGAACUCUUCCUUCUCUAUUCCUUUGUUUCGUAUUUUUUUUGACUAUCAUCACAUCUUAUUUUAUUGUUUUUGUUUUGUUCAUCAACUCCAACUUCCACUAGACUUUUAGUUUCAUCUUCUUACUUUACGACCAGACAUUUAAGACAAUUUUUUUCCACGACUCGUAAAUAAUACAUUCAGAAGACUGUCAUCGGGAAGAAAAAAUAACAUAGCACAUGAAUAUGAAUAUAAAGUUACCAUGAAAUAAAAACACAACACAUCACAACGACGACAAUUGACACAGAACUAUGAGACAUAGAAUUUAUUGAGACAUAAGAAAAUCUUUACCGCAAAUUCAAAUUCUCUUAGCUCUUAAACUUUUCAUCUCUAAUUAAUUUUUAUCCUCUUCUCAGCUAAUUUCCCUUUGGAAAAAUUUUGUCGGAUUUUUUUUUGUGUGUCUUAUUUCGUUGUUUUUGGCUAAAGUUAAAUAAAGUCAAUUAAAAACUGAUAAAUUUU